AUGUCCCCAGGUGAAGGACUUGUGGGAGAAGGUGAGCAGGCUAUGCAUCAUCUGGGAGGACAAGCAGGAGAUCGAAAGGGUCUUGGCAGAGACCCCAUAAUGCCAGCAGCUCAAGCCCUGCAUUGCAAGAAAGGAGGGGAAUCUGGAGGACGACCUUCAAAGGAGCAGUGGAUGGAAACUUCCAAGUUCUUUCGAAUGGAGUUUCAUGAGAAAAUGUCAAAAAGUCAAAACAUAAACUUUGUGGAGAUAUUGCACAUGAGUGUUAUUGCCACAAUAUUGCCAAAACUGACCAAACAGUGUGAGGUCCAGACUGUUGAAGAUCCAAGCUCGAAUCUUGCAUCAGGGGAUGUGUGUGACUCCAACCCCUGUGAAAAUGGUGGCAUCUGUCUAUCAGGCUUGAAUGAUGACUUCUAUUCAUGCGAGUGUCCUGAAGGCUUCACAGACCCCAAUUGUUCUAGUGUUGUGGAGGUUGCCUCAGAUGAAGAGGAACCAACUCCAGCAGGACCCUGCCUUCCUAAUCCAUGUCAUAAUGGUGGGAUGUGUGAAAUUAGUGAAGCUUAUCGAGGUGACACUUUCAUAGGAUAUGUUUGCAAAUGUCCAGAGGGAUUUACUGGGAUUCACUGCCAGCACAUGGACUUCUAGAAGGGCAAUCUUGAGAGAUCUUCCCAGCUUUUAUUGGAAAAGGCAGAGGGGUCUACUGUUAUUCUUCAACCAUCAUCUAUUGCUAAACCAUUUACAUUAUCAGCCUCACUAAUCGCUCUUCAGUAUGGCAG